AUGGGUCGUGACACUACGUCAAAGAAGGUAGUUGGAAAUCCUUUGUCCAUCAGUCCGGUGGAAGCUAUUGAAUGUGAAGUUAAUGGAUAUUUGGCUUAUGAGAGCUACCUAAUUGUCAUCCUUGUUAGACAUGUCCGGAAGUUGAGAUUGAAUCUGUCAAAGUGCUAUGGUGAAGUCUGGUCUUAUGCAACCAAAUUGACAAUAAAGAACAACUGCAAUCACACAAUUUGGCCAGCUACACAAACUAGUCAAGGAGCGACGAUUUCUACAGGAUUCGAAUUAGAAUCAAAAGCAUCACAAACACUUGAGGUACCAAACUCAUGGUCAGGAAGAUUAUGGGCGAGAUAUCUUUGCGCCCAAUACGGUAGAAAUUUCACUUGUGUUAGCGGAGAUUGUGCAUCAGGCCAAAUAACGUGCAAUGGUGCAGGUGGCAUUCCACCAAUAACCAUUGUACAAUUUACAUUAGCAAGCUGGUCUGGGGCAAAUGAUUUUUACUCAAACAAGAAGAGUUUGAAAUACGAGAUCAAGGUAAUAAUGUCAUUGGGUGCAAAAGCGCAUGUAUGGCGUAUCGGCAAGAUGAUUUAUGUUGCACUGGUUUAUGGACUUGUUGGUACAAUUGGACGGGGUCCCGAGGAGCUAAGGGGUGCACUUCGCCACCGCGGAGCUCUUGGCCGCGAUCGCGAAGAGUAA